AUGAAACAUUUUCUCGAAGUAUAUAAUUCCUCAACACAUUCUACAACAGGACAUACACCAAAUUCAAUGACACAACAACAAGAAGAAAAGUAUAUACAAAAGAAACGAAGUCAAACACAAAAUAUCAGAAAUUCAACACAAUUUACCCUCAUUCCUGGUACAAAAGUUCGUGUAGUUCUUGACGACAAACCAUUGACAAAGAAACGUUUAAGGUUAAGUCGAAAUUAUUAUAUCGUAGACUCUACGCAAGGUAAUGGAUAUCUUAUAAAAGCUGCUGACGACUCCAUAGCGUUUUACCCUCGUCAUAAAUUAGUCGAAAGUAGUAAUGGCAAACUUGCUGAAACCAUUGACGAAGCAAAGCGAGGAGUGGUUAUUGAAAUACUUGGCUAUAACACAAACGAUGACACUUAUAAAGUAAGAUAUGAAGGAGGCGUUGAAGAUGUUAUACCAUCUAAGAACUUGAGAGAGUCGAAGCCAACACAUCUGGGACCAUUAGAGCGGGAGUACUGGAAAUACAAAAAUAUGCCAGAAAGAAUAAGAAAAUUCUUCUAA